AUGUCUAAAGUUCUCGCCAUUUUCGGUGCCACCGGUCAGCAGGGCAGCUCAGUCCUCAACCAUGUCCUGAAUGACCCAGAGCUCUCCCAGCAGUACAAGCUCCGCGCCAUCACCCGCGAUGUCAACUCCGAGAAGGCCCAGGAGUUGAAGAAAAAGAGUGUCGAGGUUGUGGAGGGCGAUAUCUCGAGCUCUACCUCUCUGGCCACGGCCUUGACAGGUGUGCACACUGUCUUCGCCAUGACCACUCCCUCCCUCGGCCCCGACGCCUUCGAAGUCGAGCUCGGCAACGCGAAACGGAUCGCCGACGUGGCUGUGGAGCAAGGCGCCGAAUAUAUUAUCUGGAGCACUCUUCCCUCCGUUCGGGAUAUCUCCAAAGGCAAAUACACCGCCGUCGACCCCUUUGAUGCUAAGGCUGCCGCAGAGGAGUAUAUUCGUGCACUUCCUAUCAAAUGCGCAUUUCUAUCUCUUGGGUCAUUUAUGGAGAAUUACCAGUCGCAACCCUUCCUAUCCCCCACAAAGGCCGAUGAUGGUACCUAUGUGAUGGCCCGCCAUAUAUCGCCCCAGGCGAAGUUUCCUCUACUUGACGCGGUCGAUGACGCCGGCAAGUUCGCGGGGGCUAUCCUCGCUGAUCCCACCAAGUUUGAGGGAAAGCGCCUCCACUGCGCUACAAAGCUAUACACUAUCACAGAGAUCGCCGCCCUCCUAUCUAAGAGCUCUGGCAAGACCAUCGUCUACGAGCAUGUCUCCGUCGACGAUUUUAAGGCAAGCUUGCCUAUCUUCCAGGAUGUCUUUGCGGAGGCCUUUAGCUUCUAUGAUGAGUAUGGAUACUUCGGUCCCGGUACGGAGGAGUUAGUUGCUGAGGCUGCGGCAGUCGCCCGGGGCAAGCUCUCCACUUUCGAGGAGUACCUGGAGAGACACCCCUUCCAGCUUCCGUAG